AUGCCGAAAAAUCCAGUAACUAUACAACCAAACGAUCCGAAUCUUUUUCUAAAUACGUUUUCUACGCUCAAUGGUGAAAAUGUCAUUCGAUCGUAUCAAUGUAGUGAAGGAUGUUCACCAAUUUGUGGGCCAAAAUCAUCUAUUGUGUUCACUGAUAAACGAAUAAUCGCCAGACAUCAAGAACCCGAUGGUUGUGGUUGCUGUUCGAACAUUUCUCAUGUCGAUACCGCUAUCUUCAUGCGUGAUAUCGAAGUGAUGAAAGAAACAGAUCAGUCAACGGGUACACGUUUGGCUGUAAUGAUUAUGGUAUUGACUUGUACAUGGCCGAUACUCCUCUGUAAAGUAUGUUGUGGGGAUCAUCCGAAGGUCUUGGAAAUCAAAGGUGCAUUCGGCUCGGAGUUUCUUAAAUUCAAACGGGAGGAAUUCAAACACGCAGCCGAUGAAUUAUCGUCCAUAGUUCUGCCAAUGAAGAACUGA